AUGGACGACGACACAAUCCUUAAACAUACCCAGCGAUGGCGCCGCUCGCGCUACUCAGCGCGUCCAUUUGCCCUCACCAUCCUCGCCAUCACUCUUAUGGCCCUGCUGGCAUGGACAAAGAUACAGAUUGGCGAUACGGCAGCACCCCAUACGCUGUCGAAGCGUGAUAUAACUAUCCUAGACGAAGAGUGCCGACUCGUUCACCAUGCCAAAGACCAGUGCGCAUUUGUUCGCGCAAACUGUCCCGACGAGGAGGCCGGUGUUAUCUCCUACCUCAGUCUCUACUACUGCCGCCUACCGCAUGCCAGACCCUUUGCCUUUGUGCUCAUGACACUAUGGCUCGCCCUUCUCUUCAGCACCAUCGGAAUCGCCGCGAGUGACUUCUUUUGCAUCAAUCUCAAUACGAUUGCGCGCAUGCUGGGCAUGAGCGAGAGUCUGGCUGGUGUCACAUUGCUCGCCUUUGGCAAUGGAAGUCCCGAUGUCUUUUCCACCUUUGCCGCCUUCCGUACACAUGCUGCAAGUCUGGCCGUGGGGGAGCUCAUUGGCGCCGCAUGCUUCAUCACCGCUGUUGUUUCCGGCUCCAUGGCCCUCAUCCGUCCUUUUCAAGUCGCACGCAAGAGCUUUAUCCGCGACGUCGGCUUCUUCCUCGUCGCCGCAACAUUUAGCAUGGGUUUCAUCGUCGACGGGAAGCUUCACUUAUGGGAGGCUGUCAGCAUGGUUGCAUUCUACCUCUUCUACGUCGCAUUCGUUGUGGCAUGGCACUGGUGGCUCAAUCUGAGAAAGGCUCGACGCGCGCGGGCUGCUGCAAUGAGAAGCCAUUUUAUCACGCCUGGGGGUGACGAGGAGGAAAUUCCAGAGUAUCACGACGAUGAGACACCUGGAGGUAGCGGGACCUCAGCUCGCCACAUAUCCGUCGACGAUUUCUCUAUGCUCGAGCACGCAGGCGGCCAUGAUAUGAUUGACGACGAUGAUAACGAGGAGCAACGCGAAAGAUGGAUGGGCGAGUUGACAAACAAUAUGCGCCUCAAUCGCCCGAGCAUGUCACGCCGCAAUACGCAUACGCCGAUUCGUCCCAGUCUGGUAGGCGCUCUUGAGUUUCGUGCAGUGCUGGCUUCGCUGCAAAAGUCACGUAAUAUUCAGUCUAUGCCAAUCAGUCUUCGACGAUACUCGGAUGACCCUACCUACACGACUGCUCAGCAGCAGCACCACAUGUCACGUGGGGCUGGCCCGGCCACGCGACCUCCAUUUGACAUGCCUGACCAUCUUUCAGACAUGGAGCCGCAAGUAAGCCGUCCAAGUCUCGACGUCAGCCAAAGCCUAGCCAGUAGAGUUCGAGCCGUAUCAACCAACGACAUUGACAACAUUCGGCUUCAAACUACCACGCUGCAGAGAUACGAAGUUCCUGAUAUAACUUUUCAGUUACCAACUCCCGGUCAUCAUAGGACAUUACUGAAUGCUCCCCCGUCGCCCACCAUCUCCCUGUCCCCGCCGCCCUCUCGAUCAUCUCAUGCACCAAAUCUCAGUGUGCCGAGCAUUCGGCCCCUAUCGCCUAACAGGUUGGCGCCGCCCAGUGCUGAAGAUCGAGUACCGCAUCGCCAGGAUCCUUCAUCGGCGAGUUCAAUCUCUUCUCCUGUUCUCGAGCCUGGAACACGCCCUCAACCUCCUAGCUUGAAGUUGGCUGUUCCUGAUGCUACUUCGCCCCCAAUACCAUUCCCUGCAUAUAUAGAAUAUCCUUGGUCAGCACACUCGACCUCACGACCUCCAAGUCUCCGCCCGCCAUCGCAUAGUGCAUCUCCAGAAUCUACUUAUUUUUCAAGAGAUCCAUUUGGAUUACUUGAUCAGGCGAGGACGCCAAGGUGGUGGCCAACGAGCCUUCUCCCUCCACCUUACAUUCUUCUCUCUACGCUAUUCCCAACGCUUACCAAUUGGACGGAUAAGACCUUCUUCGACAAAGUACUGGGUUUAGUAGCAAGUCUACCAGUAUUCUUGCUUACCAUUACACUUCCGGUGGUGGAGCCUGAAAAGGAUGAGAACGAAGGGGGACAUGCUGAAUUCUCUCUUGACCUUGGCCUGACACCGGCAACUACACCACAUCCUGACAGCAUGGAUUCACACGCGCGCAGUGUAUCUUUCAAUCUACCACCAGAUUCAAGCGCAGACGUCAGCCUAUCCAAGUCUAAGAGCCUUGCACAUUCCCGCGGCGGCUCUCUUAAUAUCAGUAUCAACCAAAGACCACAAGUCUACAUCACAAGCUCCGAGAACGUCGCCCAGUCACCUGAGGAGCUCCCUAGUAUCCCUACUCCUUCCGAUCCAAGACAAUGGAACCGUUGGCUAGUCAUUGUCCAAAUCUUCACAGCCCCAUUUUUCAUCGUCCUAAUUUUCUGGGCAAACCUCGAACCUGAAAAUCCACGUACUCUACUACGCCAUACACUCUAUGGUCUUUUGAUCGUCCGCCUCGCUGGCGUUCCGCGCUCUGCUUUCUUGGAUUCGCUGUUGCUAUUGCCUGGAUCAGCACCAUUGCCAAUGAAGUCGUUGGUGUUUUGCGCACCUUGGGCGUAA